CAUCGUCACACUUUCAACAAAAAAAUAUUCAAAACAAAACACCAUACAACAUGGAUCAUAAGACAAACACGACACUGCUUUUCUCGCUCUUGUUUUCCAUCACGUACCUCAUCACCAUCGCGACAUCGAAAGAUCUAUGUAACCAAAACGACAAAAACACCCUCCUUAAAAUCAAGAAGUCCCUAAACAACCCUUACCACCUCGCCUCGUGGCACCCGGAAACCGACUGCUGCUCCUGGUACUGCCUCGAAUGCGGCGACGCCACCGUUAACCACCGCGUCAUCUCCCUAACCAUAUUCGCCGGUCAGAUAUCCGGUCAGAUUCCGCCUGAAGUGGGUGACUUACCGUAUCUUCAGAAUCUUAUGUUCCACAGGAUCACUAACAUCACCGGUCAGAUCCCAUCCACCAUCACCAAGCUUAAGUAUCUCCGUUCUCUCAGGCUUAGCUGGUUGAACCUCACCGGCCCGGUUCCUGAUUUCCUUAGUCAGCUCAUGAAUCUUGAAUACUUAAGCCUUGCCUUCAAUCAGCUCUCUGGUUCCAUACCUAGCUCUCUCGCUUUGUUACCUAAACUUUCGUACAUUGAUGUUAGUAGGAAUAAACUUACAGGUACAAUACCUGAAUCAUUUGGAUCGUUUCCAGCAGAAGUUCCUCACCUUAUCUUUUCACACAAUCAGCUCUCCGGUUCUAUACCCAAAUCACUAGGCAACCUUGAUUUUAACCGGAUAGAUUUCUCAAGGAACAAGCUCACAGGCGAUGCUUCGAUGUUGUUUGGAGCCAACAAAACGACGUUUUCCAUUGACUUAUCAAGAAACAUGUUCCAGUUUGAUCUGUCCAGAGUUGUGCUCCAUGAGUCACUUGGUGUACUGGACUUGAACCACAAUGGGAUCACAGGGAGUAUUCCGGUUCAGUGGACUGAAUAUUCUCUCCAAAUCUUAAAUGUUAGCUAUAACAGACUGUGUGGACCCAUCCCCACUGGAGGAAGUCUUCAGAGAUUUGAUUCUUAUACAUAUUUUCAUAACAAGUGUUUAUGUGGUGCACCUCUUGAUAGUAGUUGCAAGUAAUAAACCAAGCUUAUCUCUAGUUUUCCCAAAAAAAAAAAAAUGUAAUAUCAUCCAGAUUGAUAAAAUAAAGCAUGUGUCACAACUUGUA